GCCGGUGCUGGCGGCGGGGCCGGGAUGCAGCUCCCGGCGGGCACGGCCGCCCUGGGCGCCCCCCUGCUCGCCCUCCCGGUGGCCUUCGGCAUCAGCGGGGUGGCAAACCUGGACAGCCCCCUGUCCCCGGCGCUGGUGGUGAUCCUGGUGCUCCUCGGCCUCAUCUCCAUCCUCAUCCUCAUCCUCACCGGCGGGAUCAGCCACUUCCAGGAUCCCCUGUUCUGCGUGUUCGUGGUGUUCUCCUUCGUGUCGGCCGUGGAUCUGAUCAUCGCGCUGGAGGAGGACGGGCUCGUCUCGGGCUUCACGGAGCUCUACGUGCGAGAGGGCGAGCCCCACGUGCGCACGGCCCACGGGCUCCUCCUGUGCUACUGGGACGGCACCGUCCACUACGGGCUCUACCUGGGCAUGGUCAGCGCCAUCGGGCAGCGGAAGAAUUACCGCAGCCUGGGGCUGCUCUGGCUCGGCUCGAUGCUGAUGAGCGCCGUGGUUUUCCUGCUCGGGAAUCUGCUCGGGAAAUACAGCCUCGAGCUGAGCCCGUCCUUCCUCCUCAACCUGCCCUACCUCCUCAUCCUCGCCUGGGCCGGCCGGAGGCUCUUCCAGCAGCCCCGGGCGAUGCCGAGCCUCAGCCCCGAGCAGGUGGCAGAGGAGCAGCGCAAACCCCUCUACCAGCGGCCCCAGGACCUGCUCCUCAUCCUCAUCCUCAUCCUCACUGCAGCCUUCACCUUCUUCAGAGGGAUGGUGGUCCUGGACUGCCCGGCCGAUUCCUGUUUCGACUACACCCACCUGCACGAGCCCUACCUGCGCGACCCCGUGGCCUACCCCAAAGUGCAGAUGCUGAUCUACCUCUUCUACCUGCUGCCCUUCCUCAUCCUCGCCAUCUACGCGCUGGCACUGCCCGGCUGCUCCUGGCUGCCCGACUGGAGUUUGGUGUUCGCCGGCGCCGUGGCGCAGGCUCAGUUCACCCACCUGGGCUCCUCGCUGCACUCCCGCACCCCGUUCCCCUACCAGACCCCCGACGAUGUCCUGGGCAGCUUCUUGCUCUCCAACGUCCUCUACGCGCUGGGCCCGCAGCUCCUGGCGCUGCGCUGCCUGCACUCCCCGGCCUUUUUCCUUCCCCCAAAUCCUCCCGGCCUGGCCCGGGCCAAGAAGUACCAGUGACGUGUCCUGCUCGUCCCCCUGGGCCGCUGUCCCCACCCCGGGGGGAUCCCGCCCGGUGCCUCCGGCCCCGCUCCGAGCGCUGGGACCCGGCUGCCAGAGGAGUCCCCAGAGGAGUCCCCAGGGAUACUCCGGUCCCCCAAACGCUCUGGGGACCUCGGGAUGCUCCGCGGGGACAUCGCUGCGGUCCCAGCCCUGUCCUUGUGUGGCUGGUGGGGGACGCAGGAGCCGCGGUGCCCUCCCGGAUGGUCCCGGUCCCAUCCCGGAUGGUCCCGGUCCCAUCCCGGUGCUCCCGACCGGGCCGGGAGGGUUCAGGAGUGGGGACAGCGCAGGGAAACGCUGUUUUCCAGGGAAAAAUAAAGGAGCCGAGGUUCGUUCCGA